UUUGUGUUGUACUGGUAGCGGAUGUGUAGUGGGGCAGUGUGGGUGUGGAUAAGGUGUAGUUUGAUGAGUAGUGGAGUAGAUUAUUUUGCGGUUGUGAGGUCUGAUGGUUGAGGACUGACAGUGGUUUUCAAAGACUGUUAAAGGCUUAAAGCUCAGUGUGAGUGCUUUGCUUUGAUACGUGUUAUAGGCUGUUUGGAAGAAUAGUUUAUUUACAUUACGCCUGUACGUCACGUGCCUGACUGACUUUAAACAACUAGCAACAUGUUAGGUUCUUCGACAUUGCAGUACCUCUCUGAUAUAUUUUGGAGUGCAUCAUUCUGGCUCCCUCCAAAUGUGAAGUGGAGUGACAUAGACCCCCAGAAAGGAUAUGCAAACCCUAAGGAUUUGCUUCUUCCUAUUCCACUUGCCGCAGUCUUUCUCUGCGUCAGAUAUAUCUGCGAAAGGUACUGGUUCGCUCCUGUUGGCAUAACACUAGGAAUAAAAAAUACGAAGCGGACGAAAGCUGUGCCAAAUGCAAAGCUUGAGGCUGCUUACGCAGGAAAGAAAAAACUGAAGCACCGGGAGUUGGUAGCCUUGGCAAAGCAGUUAGAUUGGUCAGAAAGACAAGUUGAGAGAUGGUGGCGUCACAGGCAUGCACAGGAUAAGCCUUCCACGCUAGUCAAGUUUUGUGAAUCAAGUUGGCGCUGGCUGUACUAUACAUAUUCCUUUAUCUAUGGAAUCUACUGCCUGUGGGAUAAGCCAUGGCUGUGGGACAUAAACGAGUGCUGGUACACCUACCCUUACCAGAAGGUGACGACUGAUUGUUGGUGGUAUUACAUGUCUUCACUGGCAUUUUAUUGGUCAUUGGCUGUAUCACAGUUCUUUGACAUAAAGCGUAAAGACUUUUGGCAAAUGUUCAUCCAUCACAUUGCUACUAUAAGUCUGAUGUCUUUCUCAUGGAUGUGUAACUUGCACCGUAUUGGUACUUUGGUAUUAUUGGUACACGACUGUGCUGAUAACCUGCUAGAGGCUGCAAAAUUGGCUAAAUAUGCAAACUACCAGAAACUUUGUGAUGGCCUCUUCAUUAUUUUUACAAUUACUUGGAUUGUUUCACGCUUGGGUGUAUAUCCAUUUUGGGUAAUAAGGAGCAUCACCCAUGAUGCUCCAGUUAUAGUUGCUUUGUUCCCAGCCUAUUAUAUAUUCAAUUCAUUGCUGAUUUUGCUUCUGGGUCUACAUUGCAUAUGGACUUAUUUCAUAUUGAAGAUAGCAUUUAAGUCUUUACAAGCUGGUCAGAUGGAGGGUGACAUUCGAAGUUCAUCUAGUGAUGACAGCCUGUCUGAAGACAUGGAUCAUGACAGUCAGGUUGGCUCAAAAAACCAGAAUUUAGUUGGCAAUGGUACAGUAACUGCUCCCGCUGCUGUUGCUGCUUCUGCUACUACUGCUGCUGAUUAACCCCAUCAAUAAUGUGGAGUGUGCAUGGCUGUGCUUUCGUAAUUAGAUGCAGUGAAAGGACUGGAGCUCCAAAUGAUACAAAGUAUGCAAUGUAAUUGAAUGCACUGUUAUAACAAUAUUCAUCACAGAACUGGAUUGCAAAUCUGAAACCUUUAAUUAAAACGAUCAGUGCAGUGCUUGUGCCUGUGGAGUACAGCUUACAAAGUGAAACCCUAUCAGGCAUUGUAUCAGUGCUAUGUGGGUGUACCACAAGACCAAGAAUUGGAUUUGUUGUCUCCCCCCUCCUUGUGUGUGUGUGUGUGUGUGUGUGUGUGUGUGUGUGUACACCUGCGCACACAUGCUUGUGCGAAUUUGUUCAUGUGUGUCCAUGUUUUUUAUGUAAUUGAGUGUUUAUUGUACUGAACUGAAUAUAAAAUAUUACUGUGUUAUUAGAACAGAAGAAUGUGAAAGUCUACGUUUUGUGAUAUAUGGCUGUAAAACAUGAACAUUUAAUUUAAACUGUGUAUUAUAACCAAAUGAAAUUUUAUGGUAGUAAUAAAUUUUUGCAAUCAUAUUCUGAUACUUCCACAGAAAAUGGAGGUUUUUUGUUAAAUUACUGUUUUUGGUGAAGCCAGUUUUGGUUGUGAAAUGAUUGUAACAGGAAGCUACUGGAGUUGUAUAGAUUUCAUUUGUGAAGUAGAGAUCAGUUUCUCAUGUACAGUCACUGUAUGUGUUAAAUGUAUCCUUGUCAAGGACUAAUGAUUAUAAAAUGCUACAGCAUAUGGAAUUGUGUGGUGUAUGAGACCAGUGAAAAUUAUUAUAAAAUAUGACUAUAUUAUUCAGUUAUUAAAAACAGUAAAACAGUCUUUCGGUAUUGGUUUCAUUGUGAUGGCUGAAAUGCAUAUAAAAUGGCAGCUACUCAUAAGAUGGCAUAAGUUGCAGCUGAUAUCCAUUAGCAGAGCAGUAUAAUUAGUCUUCUGGAGACUAUUUAUUAAUGUGUUCAGUAUUUCACAUUACUGUUUAUAUAAUUUGCACUUGAUAUGAAUAUAUUUUUUUAAAUAAAACUAUUGAUAUGAUUUAAAAA